UCUCUCUUCUUCCUCCUAUCUCCUUCUCCUCGAGCGCCAUUAGCCAUCAGCACCCCAAGGUCUUGUACAUUUGUAGCUGACGAACGAUUCAUUGCUAGCUGUUCGAGGAGGGCUGGUGUGGCUGUCCGCAUUUUAGCUUUGGAGAGCCCGUGCCUGCCUAGCUCCGCUCCAAGCGUCGAUCCUUUUGCUGUGGGAGCUUUUGGGGGAGGAAGGAGUUAAGCAGAUUGAUGGCGCCGGUGAGUCUGCCUCCGGGUUUCAGAUUCCACCCAACCGACGAGGAGCUCAUCAUCUACUACCUUAAGAGCAAGAUCAACGGGAGGCAGAUAGAGCUCGAGAUCAUCCCGGAGGUUGAUCUUUACAAGUGCGAGCCGUGGGAUCUGCCAGAAAAGUCAUUCCUUCCGAGCAAAGACCUGGAAUGGUACUUCUUCAGCCCGCGAGACCGCAAGUACCCGAACGGGUCGAGGACGAACCGCGCGACCAAAGCCGGGUACUGGAAGGCAACGGGCAAAGACCGCAAAGUGAAUUCGCAGAAGCGUGCGGUUGGCAUGAAGAAGACCCUUGUUUACUACCGUGGCCGAGCCCCCCAUGGGUCUCGCACCGACUGGGUCAUGCACGAGUACCGCCUCGACGAGAGGGAAUGCGAGAUCGACAACGGCUUACAGGAUGCGUACGCAUUGUGUCGGAUUUUCAAGAAGACGGCGCCCGGGCCGAAGAUCAUGGAGCACUACGGCGCGGCGCAGUACCACGGGGAGCAGCCGCAGUGGACGCCGAGCAGCGUCGAGCGCUCCCCGACGCCGUGUGAUGGAAGGGGCGGUGGCGAUGACUUCGAGAGCAGCAGCUUCUCGUUCCCGACGGAGGCCCCGAUGACGUCGGGAUCCAUGCACGGCGGCGGCGGGUUCGGGAUGCAGAUGAUGGGCGGCAUGCCUCACCCUCACGAGGACGGCAGGUGGAUGCAGUUCUUGAGUGAAGACGCCUUCAACGCCACCAACCCCUACUUCAUGAACCCAGCUUCUGCCUCCAACUUCUCAUGCCUUCCAUCCAAGGUGGAUGUUGCACUGGAGUGUGCAAGGCUGCAGCACAGGCUGGCCCUGCCGCCAUUAGAGGUUGAGGACUUCCCGCACGACGUCAGCCUCGACACCAAGACCGGCAUACUCCAGAGCAACACCAACGAGGUCGACAUCCUCCAGGAGUUCCUGUCCGUGGCCUCGGCGUCUCAGGAGCUGAUCAACGGCUCCGGCAGCAGCAGCAGCUAUCCUGAUAUGUGGCUAGGUGCCGGCACCAGCAGUGGCGGCGGCCACUACAUGAACGAGCUGUCCUCUCUCGUUGAUCUCGGCGCGGCCAAGGCCAAGGAGGAGGUCGACAAUUUCUACCAUAUGUGCGGCAUUGGCGCGUCGAUGAUGAGGCGUGAUGACGAACCGGGAAGGCUGGUUGAGAUCAGUGACAUGCAGGAGUUCAAGGAAGGGAAGAAGCGGGUUGAGAACCUCAGAGGUGUCAAGCUGCUCAACAAUGAUCUUGGAGAGAUCGUGGUGGAAGGAGAUGAAGCAGAAGGCGGCAUCGCGCACUAUCCCAUACAAGAUACCGCAGAGAAUUCAGGAGAAGCCGGUCACCACAUGACCGAUCAUACCACUGACCAAGGCGGCAUCGACACGGCCCCCAUCUUCUCGCAAUCUCAGCCUGACGACUUCGCUCUUGCUAUUGGUUUCGGCAACGACGACGACGCCAACCCCGACGCGUCCUUUGAUCUGUACGGGAAGGUCGACGUGCAGCGCGGGCUCUUCGUGUCGCGGGUCGGCGCGGCGAAGACAUUCUUCCACCGCGUCGAGCCGCCGAACAAGGUCAGCUUCCACCUGAAUCCAGCAGCGAGCGAGGUCAGCAAGGCGAUCGAGAAGUUCCAUUAUCUGCCCGUCACGUCCAAAGUUAGUGCUAGUGGUAGUAGCAGUAGGGUCUCCGUGUUUGGCAAGGUGAAGGCGCUCAUCAGGGGCAAAUUCCCGACGAUGAGGAGGCCGCCAUCAUCAUCGUCAUUGCCGCGGCACCGGAGGUCGGAGACGACAGUGAGUGAGCUGCUGCAGAUCGUGUCGCUCCUCCUGGCACCCAAGGGAGACGUAACCGAGCGAGAAGAGACGGCGAGGAAGAAGGCGAAGCCGGGACGAUGGGGCUGCGACGGCGGGUGCGGCAGCUCGUGGCAGCUUGUUGGGCUCCCCGGCAAGGGGAGCAAGGGCAUUUCCAGCAUGUUUUUGAGUGGGAAAUGGGCGUUUCUAACCUCUGCAUUGGCGGCCGUCCCGUGCAAUCACCUCUGAAAGGUCGUACGUCGUUCGAUUCUUCGGCUGUCUCUGAUCAUGGCUACUUAUUGUAAACACUAUUUGUUCGUUUGUUCUACGGUAAACCUCAGUACGUAGCGGCGCUUGCGUCUGUUGAUUAUAAUAACCGGGUGUGAAACUGGAGGGCGUCGUCACGAUUUGUACGUACGCGCAUUAACUUGUAUCAAAACAUAUUGUUUAUACUAUAUAUAUGAAUUGUAAGUGCAGAUAUAUAUAUACA